AUGGCCGCCCCGUCAUCGACCAUGAAGCCCAGCAAGAAUCAGCUUCGAAGGGCGCGCAAAAAGGCCCAGAAGGCCGAGGUGAGUCGAUUUUUUCUCUUCAUCACUACCAGAUCUGCUCACAAUUCACAGGCCGACAGCGCGCCCGCGCCCGCAUCCGCGCCCGCGCCUGAGAAACCUCCCCAGGACUCUAGACCAGAUGCAUCGACCUCUUUGUCACCAAUAAAAGACGCCGAUGCACCCCAUGUUAUCGUCACCACCACCACCCCUGAGCUGGACGAUCCAUUGUGGGAAAUCUAUAAGGGCCUUGUGGCGAAAUUUGACGAGGCAGCUAGUGAGAAUUCUACAGGCAAAGAGGCCGAGAAACCGGAGGUUUUUUUCGACGAUGAAGAUGAAAUUCCGGAUGAGGAUCAAGACAUUGAGCCCAAAGUAUCGAAGAAGAAACGAAAAGAACUGAACAAGUUGUCAGUGGCCGAGCUCAAGGCCUUGGUCCGUAAACCCGACAUCGUGGAAUGGACAGAUACGUCUGCUCCCGACCCUCGCCUCCUGAUUCAUAUCAAAGCCCAUCGCAAUGUGGUUCCGGUUCCCUCACAUUGGUCCCUCAAGCGCGAGUAUCUCUCGUCCAAAAGAGGAGUUGAAAAAGCGCCAUUUGCCCUUCCAAAAUUCAUUCAGGAGACAGGAAUUACUGAGAUGCGCGAUGCAGCCCUCGAAAAACAAGAACAAUCCUCUUUGAAGCAGAAACAACGCGAAAGAGUUCAGCCUAAGAUGGGUCGCCUCGAUAUCGACUACCAGAAACUCUACGAGGCCUUCUUCCGCUUUCAAACAAAGCCUGAGUUGACACGCUACGGAGAGAUCUACUACGAAGGCAAGGAAUAUGAGACCAAUCUAAAGCAUCUCCGACCCGGUGAUCUUAGUGAAGAACUGAGAGAGGCUCUUAAUAUGCCCCCCGGUGCCCCUCCGCCUUGGCUGAUCAACCAGCAGCGAUACGGUCCUCCGCCUUCGUAUCCUGCCCUCAAGAUCCCUGGUCUCAAUGCACCUCCCCCCGCGGGGGCCAUGUGGGGAUAUCACCCUGGAGGAUAUGGAAAACCGCCUGUUGAUGAACAUAAUCGACCGCUCUAUGGUGGCGAUAUCUUCGGCGUCUUACAGCCCCAGCAGAAUGUCCAACAAGGAGAACCUGUCGAGAAAGAGCUUUGGGGCGAACUGCAGGCAUCAGAAAAUGAGGAGGAGAGCGAAGAGGAAGAGGACGAAGACGAAGAAGACGAGGAGGAAGAAGACAUUGAAACUGGGACGCACUCUCCAAGCGGCUUAGCCACCCCUAGCGGUGUAGCAUCAGCUAUUCCCUCCGAGUUUGGAGGAACUGAGAGUGUACCAGGCGAAUUCGAUGUGCGAAAGCAUCGCGGAACGGAGACCGAGGAGAACAUUCAUCCUCGUAGUGCUUAUCAAGUGAUCCCGGAGAAGCAGACCAGCGUCCAAGGAUUCUUUGGGGGUGAUCGUGCAUAUGACCUCAGCUCGUCCUCUAUUCAACAUCCCGUUCUUGGCGUUGAUGACCAAAAUCGAAAACGCAAGAAGCCCGGUGAUGUGGAAGUGUCUGUCGACCUGGAUGUGAUUCAGUCCGGGGAUGGGCUGAGCAAAGAGAAUCUCCAGGAUUUGUACGAGAGCCAGAGACAACAGCAGAAUCAGCCACAGUGGGGAUUCCAGGAAGAUCUCAGUGACAUGAUUGCGCAGGAGAGUCGGAAAAGGUUACGCAAAGAAGAAGAACGACGAGGUAAGCGUUGA